AUGGCAGACCUCGAAAAGAAUGAGGGUCCUCAAUCGCUUCACGUUGCCGACAUCGCCGGCGGGGGUGAUGACCAAAACCAGGUCAACAGCAAGACGAUCGUGCAAGCUGCAGCAGACCGCUCCGAAUUUGAUCAUCAGCUGAAGAUCAAGGACGCCAUCAAGUACUAUCGAUGGGCCAUAAUCUGGUGUCUCGUUAUCAGUAUGACCGUAGUGAUGGAAGGCUAUGACACCAUCCUGAUAGGAAACUUCUAUGCGUUUCCCGAGUUCCAGAAGAAGUACGGUCGAUGGGUCGGUGUCACUGAUAGCACUCGUUCCGGAUAUCAGCUAGAGCCUGCCUGGCAAGCUGGUAUCGGUAACGGUGCCGGCGUUGGUGCUUUCUUCGGCGCGAUCAUCAACGGGUGGCUCGUAAAUCAUUUUGGACAAAAGAAGACUAUCAUCGCGGCGCUUUUCUUCUUGUCCGGCACCAUUUUUCUCACGUUCUUCGCCCCGAACAUCGAAACCCUGCUGGCUGGUCAGAUCUUGUGCGGUCUUCCUUGGGGAGUUUUCGCCACAUCCGCUCCAGCGUAUGCCAGUGAAAUGCUCCCUAUGGUACUCCGUGUGUACUUUACUUCUUGGACCAAUAUGUGCUUUAUCAUCGGACAGUUGAUCGCGGCGGGCGUGCUGCGAGCAUGCCUGGAGCGACAGGAUGAGUGGGCGUUCCGCAUUCCCUUUGCUAUUCAAUGGGCCUGGCCUGCGCUUCUGAUUCCUGUUCUCUUCUUCGCGCCAGAGUCACCAUGGCACCUAGUGAGGCAGGGUCGCCACACAGAAGCCGAGACCGUUUUGCGUCGCCUUCAACAGCCGGAGGCUCCGAUCGAUCCUAAGCAGACUUUGUCAACCAUCAUUUACACCAAUAACCUGGAACAAGAGCUCUCCGUCGGAACGUCGUACAAGGAUUGCUUCCAGUCCUUCGAAUUACGCCGGACAGAGAUCGCCUGCAUCUGCUUCGCAGGUCAAGUUAUCUGCGGCAGUCAAUUUGCAUAUUCUGCGACGUACUUCUGGGAGCAAGUAGGCCUUCCUGCUCAGACGACAUACAACCUGAAUAUCGUCGGGACUUCGGUUGCGCUGAUUGCGGCAACAUGCUCAUGGCUCUUCCUUAUGCCGAACCUAGGCCGGCGAACCAUCUACAUGGGAGGUGUUGGAUGCAUGGCUACCACAUUGUUCAUCAUCGGCAUUCUCAACACCUGGGUUGAUCGCCGAAGCGUGGGCCUUGCGCAAGCCGUCAUGACGGUGAUCUGGAAACUGUUCUUCCAGCUCUCGGUAGGACAGCUGGGAUGGGCAAUACCUGCAGAGGUUGGCUCGACCAGACUUCGCCAAAAGACCAUCGUCCUGGCCCGCAACACUUACUACAUCUCUCAAGUGAUUGCCAACGUGCUCCAGCCAUACUUCAUGAACCCAUCCGCCUGGAACUUACGAGGCUACACAGGCUUCGUUUGGGGAGGUUGCGCAACCGUCGUUUUCAUCUGGUGCUUCUUCCGCCUACCGGAAACCAAAGGGCGGACUUUCGAGGAGUUGGACAUCCUCUUUGCCGACAAGGUGGCUGCUCGGAAGUUCAAGACCACUGAAGUCGACGCGUUUGACCAUAAUCAGACGGAUGCUCUGAAGAACAUGUAUGCCCAUUGA